UUUGCUCACAGGGAUUACUUUUACAUACGUUUACCUCAUGAAACUUUGGCCAUGUUUAAUAUGAAAAUCUGACAUUUUGAAAAUAUAACAGAAAAUAAGGGAAAGCAUAACAGGUCCACUCUAAAGGUGCAAUGUGUAAGAAUUUAACAUUAAAAAUUAACAUAAUCAGAUGAAUUAGAAGAAAUAACAGUUAUGAUGUUAUGUCAAAGUCGUCUAUAUAUAGGGUGACAGACACAUUUACUGAAGUUAGCAUGCUAACCAGUUAGCCCCGGCCUGUCCUGUCUCGUAAUACCACUUUGUAUCUCAAAAGGCGAUAGUCCAAUAGUAUCGCUCAGGCCUCCACCUGUAGUUUCAGCUAGAUACUGUAUGGGCGAGUGGAGAGUUCGCUACGUUAAACAAGGUCUCUUAGCUUUUUUAGUCUAAUAAAUAAACAAACAAAAUAAACCCACUCAAAUGUCAAGAAAGGAAAGAUUCUUAUGCAGAUUUUCAUCGUCAAACACAUUCUGAAUUCGAGUCACCUAAAACUGUCUUGUUUAGUAUUUACACUGGUCCAAUAUUCUGGCUCUACACUCUCUCUCUGCCUCUCUAAUGCCCAACCUCCCUCUCACGGCUCUACUGUCCCUGCCUGAACCCGAUGUGUCUUUGAUGUUCCUGGAGUCAGCUUGCUGGUCGGAGGCGCUGUAACCACCUCGGUUUGUGAAGACAAAUACCUAGAGUGUGACUUGCAUUGCUGAUCUUUUGGAAUUUGAGAUAAUGCCCAACAAAGCCCAAGAGGAUGCUGUAAUUAACUUGAAGACAUUGCAGGAGAUUUCCAUGCAGCUUGGUUUUGAGUGGACAGUUUUGGCGUAUGAGCUUGGCUUCAACAGAACUGAAAUAGGGCGGUUCCACAGCAAAUCUACAGAGAAGAGUGUCCAGGCUAAGACCAUGUUGGAAAGCUGGUACAAUGUGUAUGAGAAGUCAUGGGAUAAACCCAAUAAGACCAAGCUGCUGCAAGAUGGACUGGAGCGAGCAGGCAGACGGGACCUGGCUGAGAGGCUGCGCUGCCUCCACUGGGGCCACCAGAAGCUGAGCCGCAGGGUUGAGCUGCCCUCCGCCUUCCCCUUCAUCAUCACAGUUCAUAAGACCAUCCACAACCAAGAUGCACUACGCAGGAUCAAUGACCUCAGCCGUAGAUACACUUAAAGCUGGACAGAAAUGCACAUAGUCGUGGCCAUACCCAUACUUCUUAUCUGACACUCAUAAACUCAGCUACUGAACACUGUGAGUAAUCUGAAAUAAAUGUACUGAAUGUCGCGGAACAAACAAAUGUGAAACAUGAGCCAUGUAA